AUGGAUGAUCUUGCACAAGAUUGGAGCCGUUUAACAUUGUCUAAUAGGGAAGGACCUAGCUGCUGCCUUACUGAAGAAGAUAGCUUAAGUGAUUUUUGUAUUGCAGCGAAGUUCCUGACAAAGAGAGCUUUGAACAUUGAUGUGAUCGCAAAAAUUUUUACUCCUUUAUGGAGAGCACAGAAUGGCUUCGAAAUUCAGAACCUUGGAGAUCACAAAAUGCAGUUUAGUUUUGAUAAUAAGGCGAAUGUGGACAGAAUUCUCCUAAGUGAACCGUGGAGCUUUGACAAGGACCUAGUGGCGAUGCAACGUUAUGAAAAAAAGAUCUCUAUGCAGGAGCUCAAGUUUGAUAGAACAAGUUUUUGGGUCCAACUUCAUGGCAUCCCACCACACUAUAUGACAAUGGACGCAGCAGAGAAGAUUAGUGCAGUCAUUGGAGAGGUCUCUUGGCCCCCUGACUUUAAAGAGGCAGAUGGCAGCAAUUUUCUACGAGUUAGGGUAUCAAUUAACUUAUCCCUUCCAUUAUGCCGAGGACGUCUAAUGUUUUUGAAGAAUGAGAAGCAAACAUGGAUAAGUUUCAGAUAUGAGAGACUCCCUAAUUUGUGCUAUUGGUGUGGUAGGGUAACACAUGAUGAUAAGGACUGUCAGAUGUGGAUUGAAAGUGAAGGAACGCUACUACCUGAUCUAAGGCAGUUUGGUCCAAGUAUUCGUGCCCCUACAUUCAUUUCGUUGAGGAAAAAUGCGAUUACUGUACUAGGGUUUUACUCAUCCAAGAAAACAGGAACUAGCAGCAAUUCUAUGGUCUGCGAUUCCUCAGGUCAAGCUUCGGUGAAAUCCACAAUGAACCCUCCCGUUCUGGUGACCUCCAACCAUCAUCGGAGUAGCAAGUUAGGCAACCGUUUGGACACUGAAAUUUCUGAGAAACUCAGUAACGCAUGCCCUGGCGUUACUCCAAUUAAUGUCCCGUUACAUGAAUUGAUUCCCAUAAAUAGCAGCGUGAUUAAUGGGAUAAAUUCUCAUUCAAUUGGUCCGGAUAUAGGUGUGAUUAAUGGGAUUGAUUCCCAAUCAAUUGGUCCGAAUAAAGGUGUGAUUAAUGGACUUAAUUCCUAA